AUGAGCACUUUGACUUUCGUGGAACUUAUCACAGAGAAUCGGUUACUCUUGCUUACUGCACUCAUCGUUUCUUGGAUAAGUUUCAAACUUUCACAGUUAUUGUUGAUCUAUUUGAAAUACACUGUUGGAGUAUGGUGCUUUUCUAAACGGAAAACACUUCGUCAGGCUGGUGAAUGGGCAGUUGUCACUGGUGCAUCGUCAGGUAUUGGUGAAGCGUAUGCAGAAGAAUUGGCCACAGAAGGUCUCAAUAUCAUGCUUAUCAGUAAUGAUGAGAAACAACUGUCAUCCGUUGCUAAACGAAUCGCAAAUACCUACAAUGUUCAAACACGAAUUGUGGUUGCAGAUUUCACUAAAAAUGGUACAUAUGAUAUAAUAAGACCUGCUAUUGAUCAAUUAUCUACAAUUGCUUGUUUAGUGAAUAAUGUUGGUAUGGGAUUACCAUUAGAGUUAUUUACUGGAGAAAUGGAUUCACCAAAUGAAGAAUCAAUUAGAAAUAUCAUUCAUUGUAACAUUUUGUCUACAGUAAUGAUGACAAGUAUCAUUCUACCCAAGAUGUUAACACAGAAAGGACCUAAUCCUGGUAUUAUAAACCUUGCAUCUUAUUCAGCACUUAGAACAACUCCAUAUUUAACUGUAUAUUCUUCAACAAAAGCGUUUAUCAUACAAUUUUGUAAAUGUUUAUCUGCUGAGACAUAUCGAAAGAAUGUGAUUAUACAGACAUUAUGUCCAUUAACUAUCUAUACAUCAAUGACUAAACAUGAAAAACCAUCUUAUUUUAAUCCAUCUGCUAAGUCAUUUGUUCAUAGUGCAUUAAAUAUGUAUGGUGUAGUACAACAGACUACUGGUUAUAUAUUACAUGAAUAUAAAGCUUAUUUCUUUGAUUUAUUACCAACAUCAUUGUGGAUAUUAUUGACAUAUGCUAGAGUGAAUGCACGUAAGAAAUAUGUAUAA